GGUAGGACUUGUGACAGGAAUUGCGUCUUUGGAUUGGAUGUCUGAGAACAGUCGGUCGGUCCUCUGCAUAACCUCCCCCGCAUGCAUGUCUCAGGGGACUUCUAAAGUCGAGCUCUCGGACCUCCGGCGUAUAUUUCAAACUCCCAUCCCCCAGGCUGUCUCCAACUUCCAACAUUCCACGAAGUAACCCGAGAAGUCAACCCAAUCAUAUCAUCAAUCCCUUUCUCCCACUCCAGAACCAAACACCAACCCUACCCGCUACUACCAAGCACAAUGUCAAUGUCCACCACCACCAACCUCCGCCCCCCAACAGAAAACCAGCUCUCGGCCUCCCUGCCUGGCCCAAUCGUCUACCUGACAGGCCACGACCCCUCCUCCGGCGACGCCAUCGUGCACUCCCGCCGGCCCGCCAAGUGGACCCGGCACGACGGCGACCAGCUUAACAUGUCGGUGGCCUACACGACGUCCCGCUUCCCGGCCGACCUCAACGGCGACGCCGACGUGGCCGAGCACGACGCCCGCGUCGCCGGGCUGGGGCUCGUGUCGCGCGGCGGCACGGUGCUGCGCAUCGUGGACUUUGCCCCGGGUUACGAGUGCAUGAUGCACCGGACGCAGAGCGUCGACUUCGGGAUCGUGGUGGAGGGGGAGAUCACGAGCGUGCUGGGCAAUGGUGAGGGGAGGGCGACGGGGGAGGAGGAGGUGCUGCGGAGGGGGGAUAUCAUGGUCCAGAGGGCGACGAUGCAUGCGUGGAGGAACGAUAGUAGGACCGAGUGGGCGAGGAUGGUCUUCUGUCUGCAGGACUGCGCGCCGCUCGUUGUCGCGGGGAAGAGGAUGGGGGAGGAUCUAGGUAGGGGCACCGAUGGGGUGCCGCCUUCGGGGAAUGAUGGGUAGGGGGAAUAGAUACUACUACCUAAGCGUAUGGCUACUACUUGGCUACGGUCGUCGGGAUCAUAAAUGGCGAAGUGACAAAUAAGGGGUUCAGAGGCG